CUCUAUUUCAUUACAGAUUCUGUUGAAGCAGCAAAUCACAAUCUCUCCCACUGCUUACCAGAACAGAGACCAAGAUUUACUUUAAUGCAGUUGAGAUCAAAUCUGCAAAUUUUCACCAUAUGUUAAUGUGAAGAGUGAACAGUAAAUGGCUAAUCUUACUGCGAUCUGGUUCUUAUUAACUGUGGUUUAUCUCGACGUUUAAUUCGGCGUUUCGUUACACGCGAAGGAGUACAUUACAGUGAAAAAAGCGGCAUUAUCAGGUGUUUCAAGUGCUGCAAUGUCAGCUCGAUCCAGCAUCAAGUCGACGCCGCCCAGUGACAAGGGCAGUAAACCGACAUCAAGUAAGUCCAACAAGGAAAGAGCCAAGGCAGAAGCCGCCAAGGUGCGACUGCGUUACGCCAGACAAGAAGCAGUUUUGAAAAUGAAACAGGCCACCAGAGAAGCCGAAAUCCAGAAAGAAAGGGCCGCCAGAGAAGCCGAAAAGGCCGCCAGACAAAGAGAAGAGGCUGCCAGAGAAGCCGAAAUCCAGAAAGAAAGGGACGCCAGAGAAGCCGAAAUCCAGAAAGAAAGGGCUGCCAGAGAAGCCGAAAAGGCCGCCAGACAAAGAGAAGAGGCCGACAGAGAAGCCGAAACCCAGUUGGAAAUGGCAAAAAUAUCGACAGAGUUGCAAGUGCUGCAGCUAGAAAGAGAAGAAGAAGCUGCCAUGGCGGAAGCAAAGUACAUAGAAGAAGCUGAAGGGUCGCGUGAUCUGACCGAAGUAAGAUCUACUUUAGAAAGGACCAGACUGGAACGCACAAGCGACUAUGUACAAUCUCAAAUAGACAGGCAGGCUCGUCUCCCCUCUCCAUACGUAUUCGAUAACUUCCCCAGCUACGAGGAACCUCAGAGAGUCACGAUUGCAUCACAUCCGUACGAGGAAGGAAAUUUACCCUCACGGCUCCGUGAUGAAGUCAAGAAUGAAAGAACCGACAACGCUCCUUCACCCCCACAACAGGACGGCGGGGAGGGAGAGGUUCACUCCAGGACAACAAUUGUCAGCUCGAACUGUACAGAAGUUUGCAGUCAAACUCAGUCAAGCCGUUCUUGUUCCAAGAUCUGCCUCACUGAGGUGUACCCUAAAGAAGCACAACAAGACAUUACCAAGCGUAAAGUAACCGACGAGACGCUAGGUCAGUCAGUUUUCGUUCAAACCGAGCACGGAAACAAACUUGCACAAUCAGCUCAAGAUACCAUUUCUUUAAAACCUAAAGACACCAAGGUCUUCAGAGAUGAAGCAAAUAAUGGGGUUGCCCCGUUGCCUUUCAGAGAACCACGCCAGCGCUCACCAGAUAACAAAGAGCAGGCAGUCAAACGGUUCAUGUCCUUACGGAAAACCCGGAAAAGGAAACCUGAGAUGCAGCAACGCACCCGAUUGGCCCACGAGGUACUGUGCACCCUAAUGGCAGAGGUCACAGCCAUUAUAAACGCACAAUCAUUCCUACCUGUGUCUUCUGACCCAGAAAACCCCUUUAUACUUUCGCCUUCAUCGCUCCUUACGCAGAAGGCAGGAGCACCUCCUCCACCAGGAGACUUUUCAGACAAGGAUUUGUACACAAAGCAAUGGAGACAAGUCCAGGCUCUGGCAAAUCAGUUCUGGCCUCGCUGGAGACAAAAAUAUCUACCUUUGUUGCAACAGAGACGAAAGUGGACAGAACCCCACAGGAAUCUUCAAGUUAGAGACUUAGUCCUGCUCAGGGACAAGCAAAUCGCCCGCAACAGCUGGCCAACGGCCAGAAUCACUGCUACAUUCCCUAGUGGGGAUGGACAUGUCAGGAAGAUCGAAUUGAAGACUACCGACCAAGGCGAUGUGAAAACUUACCAAAGGCCAGUUACAGAGGUUAUUCUACUUCUACCCAAUGACUGAUUAAGAGACUAAGUUUGUACUCUGCUCAUUGUGACCUUACGAAGGUCAAGCGGGGAGUGUGCUGUCUUUACGACAGUUAUUUAGUUUAUAAUAUUUUCGCUUAGUAAUUCAUUCGAUAGUGUUUUCUAGUUAGAAUUAGAAGUGUUUAAAGUAUAUUCAUUGCAUGUAAAAUAUAUCGGCAUGCGAUGACGUCACAUCCGGUUUCGCCGCGUCUUGUGGGAAAGUACCGGUUUGAAAUUAGCGCGAGGGUGGGGGCUUACCACGAGGCACACCUGAGCAGAAGUUGUUUUGCAGGCAUGAGAAAUCACAGUGAGAGCAACGCUGUAAGUUAAUAGAUAAUCGAUAUAUUGAACUAAGAUGUUAAUGCCGAUCCUGUUAGAAGUAACGACGGUCGAUAAUGUUUAUGCUUUCGUUAGUUAAAGAGUUGUGGAUAGUUUGCAUGGAAGUGUAUUUAAAGUAGUCAAUGGAGCAGGUAAACUCUGCCUGUAUACUGCACCUUAGUGUAAGAUAGUUAUAGUCACCUUUGCAAGUAUUUACAAUUGAAAUGUGAUAUUAAGGAAGGAACAAAUACUGUAUCAAUCUUGUAUUGUUUUAUCAACAGUUUUCACCAUAUGUUAAUGUGAAGAGUGAACAGUAAA